AUGUCCGCCGAAACCAUUGCACGCUGGAAUGCCAUACCCCUCACACGAUCUGACUCAGAAUCCGAUGCGUCACGAGCAAUGAAGCGUCCACGAUCACAAGAGGAAGAUGACAGCGAAGACAAUGUCUCCCUUGUAUCUCGCUCUCCUUCCCCGGAACCGCCACCGGACGCUAUGGACAUCGACAAGUACGACGAAUAUGUAUCAAAACCCGCACGAGAAACCGUAACGGUCGAUACGAAGAUCAAGAGCAGUAACAAGGGUUUCCUCAUGCUAGCGAGCAUGGGCUGGGUUGAGGGUCAACCGUUGGGCUUGUCCGGAGACGGUCGUGUCGACCCAGUCCCCUUCUAUGUGAAGAACGAUCUCACAGGUCUCGGGAAAACAACCGAAGAUGUACGGAUGAUCGAGACUACUGUCGCCCAACGGCGCGAACUUGAUUCGGAACGCCAGACGAAAGAGACCGAGGAACAACGACGAGCGAGGGAGGACUCGGUAGCAAAGCGUGAGGCUGUCAAGUCCGAGAUCUUUAACAGCCUCAAAGCAUUCUACUGCGAGCUAUGCGACAAACAGUUCCAGAACGUCGCGCAGUAUGACGAGCAUACAAACUCAUACGCCCACCAUCACAAGGCGCGGUUCCGCGACAUGCAACUUGCGGCGCGCGCCAGCCGCAACACGCAGGAAGAGGUGGACAAAAGGAAGGAGAAGGAGAGGAAGCGCGAAGAGAAGGAGUUACGGAAGCUAGCGAAGGCCGCAGGAAUCAAAAUUACGAAGCCGCCUGUAACCCUCACGACCCCUACCCCGACGACGUCUGAUGCCUCCGCGACGCCUGGAGGGGCAGAGGAGGGACCAACGCCCAGCGGCUCCAAGAAGACGGGCUGGGCCUCUAUAGGAUCAUCAGCGACGUCCAGCAGCCCGACCUCCUCUGCGCUUCCUCCGGGCCCUUCGACGUCUGAUUCAGCGAUCAGCAUCGUCGAGUUCGUCGCAAACCCGAGACCCCAGGCCGACCGAAACUAG